AUGGCAGUUGAUGCUAGUUACAUGAAUCUCUUGCCUUCUCAGUUACUCACCAACAGGGAAAUGAUCAAAUCCAAUCAACAACACCAUCAUCAAUUAAACUGUGAUUACAUCUACAACACCCAGAUGGAUUCAGCUUUGCCUCUUCCACCAGCUACAAUGCCUGAAUCUCUCUUGUCCUUGUACCAGUCCUCCUUUUGUGAUCCAAACAAGGCAGAUAGUGGUCUCACCUAUCAUCUUCCCCUCCAGAGAAAACGUUCAAGAGAUUUCACCACUGAAUUAACCUCUCUCCCACCUCACCAGAAGAACAAAAUCUCCCCUCAACCUUCGUUUCUCAGCCAAGAGAUUCUCUACCAGUUUCAGCAUCAACAAUCUGAAAUCGACCGAGUCCUUGCACACCAUACCGAGAAAGUGAGGAUGGAAUUGGAGGAACAAAAAGUGAGGCAAUCGAGGAUGCUAGCGAGCGCAAUUCAAGAAGCAAUGGCGAAGAAGCUGAAGGAAAAGGACGAAGAGAUUCAAAGAAUGGGAAAGUUGAAUUGGGCGCUUCAAGAGAGGGUGAAAAAUUUGUGCGUGGAGAAUCAAAUUUGGAGGGACCUUGCACAAACCAACGAAACCACUGCCAACUACCUACGGACCAAUUUGGAGCAAGUUUUGGCACAUGUCGGAGAGGAACGCGCCGCCGCGGCCGAAGACGCGCAGUCCAGCUGCGGGAGCAACGACGCGGCUGAGGGCGGCGAGGACACGGCAGCGUCGGGUGGUGGCGGAAGGUUGUGUAGAAGCUGUGGGGCGAGGGAGUCGGUGGUGCUGUUGUUACCAUGCAGGCAUCUUUGCCUCUGCACAAUGUGUGGGUCCACUGUACGGAAUUGCCCUAUUUGUGACUCUGGCAUGGAUGCUAGUGUCCAUGUUAAUCUCUCUUAG